GGGACCAGGCAUUGGAAGAACUUUGCUCAAGCAAGAGGCCUCACUGCAGAGAAGGCAAUAAGAGUCUUGCUGGGGGUUCCCAGGGAUGACGCACCCACCCGGCCCUCACUGAGACAUGAUUGUUGCUGGCCCCAGGGCAGGCCCCAUCCACUGUGCCCCUCAAUGUCAUGGGGAAAACCUGAAGUGUGGACUAGCUGCUUCGGACAUGGAUGCACCCCUCAUGACCAUGAGGGGCUCUUCAGCAUGACGCUGCCCAGGCUGAACCUGGGCUCUUGCUCCCUGCUCUAGCACACGGCUGCCUGCUUCUGGGUCAGGGGUGCCUACAUCUCCCACCCUCAUCCUCUCAUCUUCCAUCCCGGCCAGGGGUGCUCAGCUUUUUGGGACUCCGUGCACCCCAGGGUCCUCCAUGGCUUGGUGGGCCUAUGGGCCCAGGGCGUGACCAUGAGGCACUGCCCGGACAGCGGCAUUGAGCACCUACAAGAGGAGCAGCUUGUGUGCCCGGCAGAUGCAAAACAGAUGAACUUGCUGGCGGUGCUGGAAGUGCGGGCCGAGGGCAGCGACAGCUGGGCCGCCAUCCCACGUUUCCGCAGGGCCAAGAGGUGCAGCCUGGUGUGUGGGCUCGUCAUCAUGACGCUGGUCACGGCCUCCUACGUCUUGUCGGGGCCCCGCCAGGAGCUGCUCAUUGCACCCCCUUUCCAUGCCGGAGGACUGGCUGGCAGUCCAGGUGUGGUGGACAAUGAUGGCCCUGGAGAGCCCAAGGCCAGUAAUAUCUCCUAUGUGAAGGAUUAUUCAAGUCUCAAAGCCGUCCUUAACAGCAUCGCUGCCCGGGUUGCCUUCACCCGCAGGCAGAUCCCGAACCUCCAGGAGCUCAGAAAGCAGGAGCUGCAUAUGUUUUCCGUGAUCCCCAGUAAAUUCCUGGCGAACAGCAAGAGCCCCUGCUGGUAUGAGGAGUUCUCUGGCAGGAACACCACCGACCCCUACCUGACCAAUUCCUACGCACUCUACUCCAAGCGCUUCCGUGCCACCUUCGACACCCUGCGCAAGGCCUUCUGGGGACACCUGUCCCAUGCCCAUGGGCGCCACUUCCGCCUACGCUGCCUGCCCCACUUUUACAUCAUAGGGCAGCCCAAGUGUGGCACCACUGACCUUUACGAUCGUCUCCGGCUGCAUCCAGAGGUCAAGUUCUCAGCUAUUAAGGAGCCGCACUGGUGGACCAGGAAGAGGUUUGGAAUCGUUCGCCUGAGAGAUGGGCUGAGGGACCGCUACCCUGUGGAAGAUUACCUGGACCUUUUUGACCUGGCUGCACACCAGAUUCAUCAAGGACUGCAGGCCAGCUCAGAGGAACAGAGCAAGAUGAAUAAGCUGAUUAUUGGGGAGGCCAGUGCCUCCACAAUGUGGGACAAUAAUGCAUGGACCUUCUUCUACGACAAUAGCACCGACGGCGAGCCCCCGUUCCUCACGCAGGACUUCAUCCACGCCUUCCAGCCCAACGCCAAGCUCAUCGUCCUGCUCAGGGACCCCGUGGAGCGGUUGUACUCGGACUAUCUGUACUUUGCGAAUUCGAAUAAGUCUGCGGAUGACUUCCACGAGAAAGUGACGGAGGCACUGCAGCUAUUUGAAGCCUGCCUGCUGGAGCUCUCGUUGCGAGCCUGCGCCUACAACAACAGCCUCAGCAAUGCCAUGCCGGUGAGGCUGCAGGUGGGCCUCUAUGCCGUGUACCUGCUCGACUGGCUUUCAGUCUUCCGGAAGGAGCAGCUCCUGGUCCUGCGGCUCGAGGACCACGCAUCGGAUGUCAAGAGCACCUUGCACAGGGUCUUCCGCUUCCUUGGCCUUGGGCCCUUGAGUGAGAAGCAGGAGGCCUUGAUGACCAAGAGCCCUGCGUCGAAUGUACGGCGCCCUGAGGACCGGAAUCUGGGCCCCAUGUGGCCAGUGACACAGAGGAUCCUGCGGGACUUUUACGGCCCCUUCAAUGCCAGGCUGGCUCGGGUGCUGGCCGAUGAAGCCUUCGAAUGGAGGAAGACCUGAGAUGGGCCCUGUGCCAGCCCCUGAGGCG